AUGGAAAUAAAAGGGAGGGGCCCCACCUCGAGCCUGGCAUGGGGGGGACUCUCUCUAUCCAGUCCAGUCCAAGAACUUGCCUUGCUCGGAGUCAAAAACAGAGACGAUCCAUCGUCGCACUCUUCUAUUUUACCCCCACACGCCGGAGACCCCAAUCCGCCGCCGCCGCCGCCGCCGCCGCCGAUGGAUCCACCCCCCCUCCCGCCGCUCCCCGCCGCCGCCGUCGCCAACGCCACCGGCAUCCCCCUCUCCUACCCCUCCUCCCCCCGGGACGACGCCGCGGCGUCGGCGGCGGCCCACGACGACGACCCACUCCCGCCGAAGCUCCGCCUGAUGUGCAGCUUCGGGGGCCACAUCAUCCCCCGCCCCCACGACAAGUCCCUGUGCUACGUCGGCGGCGAGACCCGGAUCGUGGCGGUGGACCGCCGCUCCUCCCUCGCCGACCUCUCCGCCGGCCUCUCCCGCACCCUCCUCCACGGCCGCCCCUUCGGCCUCAAGUACCAGCUCCCCUCCGAGGACCUCGACUCCCUCAUCUCCGUCACCGACGACGAGGACCUCCUCAACAUGGUCGACGAGUACGACCGCGCCGCCUCCCCGCUCCGCCCCUGCCGCCUCCGCCUCUUCCUCUUCUUCGCCAAGCCCGAGACCCCCACCUCCAUGGGCACCCUCCUCGACGACUCCAAGUCCGAGACCUGGUUCGUCGACGCCCUCAACAACGCCAGCAUCCUCCCCCGCGGCUUCUCCGACUCCGCCGCCGCCGCCAUGGACUGCCUCGUCAACCUCGACCCCCCAAACCCUUCCAGCGAUCUCGCGGCCCAGAUCGAAGAUCAUCACAACAACGCAGCCGCCGCCGCCGGCGCGGCCGACGACAUCGGCAAGCAAGUGAAGGCCGUGCAGGACGUGCAGUUCGCAAUGCCCGAUUCGCCGGUGGUGGAGAACUCCUCCUCCUCCUCCUCCUACGGAUCGUCGUCGUCCUCGCCCUCGAUGUCGAAUCUGCCUCCGAUAAGGGUCCGGGUCGAUCAGAGGGCCGCCGGGAUCGAGGACCAGUUCGCCCAGAUGAGCAUCGCCGCGAGCCAUCCGUACGACGUCUACGGGCCCUUCGUGGCUCCGCCGCCGCCGCCGAUCCCGAGCGCGAUCAUGACGGGCGCGGCAGUGAACGCGGCGGCGAGCGCGAGCGUCGUGGCGAAUCAAGCCGGCGCCUGCGGCGAGAGCAUGAGCAACAGGGCGGUGUCGGACGACGAGAGGUCGGAUCACGGAGCGCCGCCCAUGUCGUUCCGGAAACCGCCGCUGCCGAUGCUUCAGCCCGUGCAGGUUCAGCAGCUGCACCAGAAGGCAUCGGUCGCCUACAACUUGCCUUCCCCGGAUUCGGUCGCCAGCGAUAGUAGCAUUGCAUCCGCAAGCUCUCUCUCGAGGCCCAUGUACUUCGAAGACCAGUCUCAGUUUGGGCUCAAGGAACAGAGGAGUGGCCCUCUCAGCCCGACCCCGAAGACCGAUCCGGCCGACCCGGCCCCCCAAGCCCUGGUCCCGCAGGCGGCGGAUCCCGGCUACGCCCUGCCCCCGCCUUCAGAUCAUCUGCCCCCGUUGCCCCCGCAGCCGAUGCAGCCGCAGCAGCAGCAGUUUGUGCACAUGAGCACGCAUUACAUCCCGCACCCGCACCAGCACCCGGCCCAGAGCCAGAGCCCCGUCCUGGUCUCGUCGUACUACCCGGUCUAUUCGACGCAGUCGCAGCAUCAGCAGCAGCAGCAGCUUCACCACCCGGUGUACGUAAUGCCCGACGGGUCGGUGGUGGGCCAGGCCCGGCCCAUGCCAUCUUCCAGCCCGGCCCUAGUCCAAACGGCGGGCGGCUACAAAGACUUGAACCCGCCGUUGUAUCACGCCAAGACCCCGGCCCAAGCGACGCACGAGAUGGCGUCCAGCAUGUACAACUCAUACAUGGCCUCGCCUCAGCAGCUGAUCCAAGUCCCGGCCGGGCAAUACCAGCAGCAACACCCUGGGAUGCUUAAGCAGAUCAGUCAGCAGCCCCAGCCCGCCACCGCCGCCCCCGCGACGGCAGCCAACAACUACGCGGGGUUCGACUACUCAUACUCCGCUCACGAUCUGGCCUACUACUCUCAGCACCAGGCUUCCGCGUUGCCCCCUCAGUACCGGAACUUGGCGACCGCCGGCACGAUGGCGGAUGCUCCGAAGCAGCCUUCCGGCGACGUCGCGAAGCAACAGAUCAUCAUGACAUCGCAGCAACCACUUUGAAUGCCACCCGAAAAAUUCGAAGCAUUAAUUUCCCCCCAUGUUAAACUGUGUCCAUGCAUCGUUGCUGCCUCAUGUGUGAACAAAUUAAUAAGAGAAGGACUAGAUUUUUCA